UGCUUCUCCAUCACAUUUUCCCAUUCAGAAGCUCUCGCAACGAAGAAGAAGGAGAAGAAGAAACAAUUCAUUAAAGAAAGAAAAUAUUCUUCUUCUUCUUCUUCUCGAUUCUUCAUCAAUGGCCAAGCUAUUGCCAUUGCCAUUGAUUCUCCACAUUUUCUCACUUUUCUUCGUACCGGAGGUCACAUCUACGAGCUUCACUUUAGUGAACAAAUGCGACUACACAGUUUGGCCGGGAAUUCUCUCCAACGCCGGAGUUCCUCCGCUCCCCACCACCGGCUUCGUUCUCCAGAAGGGUGAGACGCGUAUGAUCAACGCGCCGUCGUCGUGGGGCGGUCGUUUCUGGGGCAGGACCCUCUGCUUCACCGACUCCGCCACCGGGAAAUUCUCCUGCGCCACCGGAGACUGCGGCUCCGGAAAACUCGAGUGCUCUGGCGCCGGCGCAGCCCCUCCGGCGUCACUCGCCGAGUUCACCCUCGACGGAUCCGGCGGACUCGACUUCUAUGAUGUCAGCCUCGUCGACGGCUACAACCUCCCUAUGCUCGUCGCCCCUCAAGGCGGCUCCGGCGACAACUGCACUUCCACCGGCUGCAUCGUCGACCUGAACGGUUCCUGCCCGUCGGAGCUCCGCGUCUCCUCCGUCGGCGGAGGGGAGAAAUCUCCGGAGGCCAUGGCGUGUAAGAGCGCGUGUGAGGCUUUCCGGCGACCGGAGUACUGCUGCAGCGGCGCAUAUGCAUCGCCGGACACUUGCAAGCCAUCGUCGUACUCGCAGAUCUUCAAGAGCGCGUGCCCACGCGCCUACAGCUACGCCUACGACGACAAGACCAGCACAUUCACAUGCGCCAAGUCCCCGGAUUACGUCAUCACCUUCUGCCCAUCUCCCAACACCAGUCAGAAAUCAUUACAAGGACAGGGCACGGAGCCGACGGGAACGUCGCCGGCUACUCAGACUCCGACGACAACGGCGACGUGGUCGCCGAUGGAUACUUCGAUGAUCUACGAAGGUGCUUUUGACGAGAGCGGUGCAUCGUCACCGUCCACGUGUCGAUUGAGUAUCUCGACCCGUGCCGGCACGCUUGCUCUCUUGCUGGCAUUUUGUCGGGUAUGGCGGCUGUUCUGACCAUUCAGUGACUGCCACGUGGUGACCAAUGAUUGGGCCCCCCAUGUGACUUCCGGAAUGCUACGUGGAUUGAGUCAUAGUUGAAAGGCACACCGGGAAAGUUUGUUGAUAGUUUAAUUUACCAAAAUACCCCCUUCCCUUUCGGGGUGAGGAAGCGGAACACGUGGGGGUGAGAAUGGGGGGAUAAUAAGAAUUGUAUUUUGUUUUUUAAUUAAAAAUAUAUGAUUAGGAUUAUCGGUUAAACUCUGUAUAAUUAGUUUGUUUAAUUUAAUUAUUGGCGUAGUAGGUGGCGAUGUUAUUCAUA